UGUGUAUUGAUUUCCUUUAAUGAAAUAUUUGCUGGAUUAGAGAGAGAGAGAGAUAAUGUCUGAGUAAUUUCCUAGAUCGAUAUAGUUUGCCCAGGAAAAGAAAUCAUAAUAGUUGGUAGAGGCCGCUUAUAAAAAGAGGGUAGAAUGUUUGCGUCUCUCUUUUCUUGAAGAUAGAUAUGCAAAGGAGAGGAAUAGGGGAAAGUGAGUAUAGUGUGAGGAGUCGAUAUGGAAGAACAUCUCAGUUCAUUAGCUGUGACUCAUCUCCUUCAACACACCCUACGAAGUCUGUGCAUUCAUCAAAAUUCCCAGUGGGUUUAUGCAGUCUUCUGGAGAAUCCUACCCAGAAAUUACCCCCCACCCAAAUGGGAUGGUCAAGGAGCAUACGAUAGGUCAAAAGGAAACAGGAGAAACUGGAUAUUAGUCUGGGAAGAUGGUUUCUGCAAUUUUGCUGCCUCAUCAGUAGGUGAAAUAAAUUCGGGGGAUUGUCCUGGCUCAUCAACUUAUGGUAAUUGUGAGUUUCAAAACUACCAAGGGCUGCAACCAGAGCUCUUUUUCAAGAUGUCUCAUGAGAUCUACAACUACGGAGAAGGUUUGAUAGGAAAAGUGGCUGCAGAUCAUGGUCAUAAGUGGAUAUACAAAGAACCAAAUGACCAAGAAAUCAAUUUCUUGACAGCAUGGCACAACUCGGCGGAGUCAAAACCUCGGACAUGGGAAGCACAGUUCAAGUCUGGUAUAAAGACCAUAGCUCUGAUUGCAGUUAGAGAAGGUGUUGUUCAGUUAGGAGCCAUUCACAAGGUAAUUGAAGACCUGAGCUACGUUGUUUCACUAAGAAAGAAAUUCAGCUACAUUGAAAGCAUCCCAGGCGUGCUUUUACCCCAUCCAUCCUCCUUCGCAUUCCCCUUCAACGUGGAUGGAUACGGCACCCCAGAAGCAUGGCAGUUCCAAGCCACUGCUCUUGCAUCCCCAACUGAAUUCUAUGAUCACCAAUACAACCAGCCUUUGAAAAUAACACCUUCCAUGAGCAGCCUUGAAGCCCUUCUCUCCAAGCUUCCCUCAGUUGUGCCGCCAACCACAGCGCCACAGUCACAUGAGUUUAUAUCAUCAUCUCAGAAGACAUUAGAAUUUAUUGAAAUGGAAAAAGUAGCGAAGAAGGAGAUUGAUGAAGAGAUAUAUAGGCCUGAACUCGAAGUGGGUGAGAGCAGCAGUUCCAUGGCCGCCAAACGUCGUCAAAAGCAUUUCCAUCAGAGCCAAGAUUAGAAUGUGAAAAACGGUGCCGGACCCAACAACAAUAAUGGAUUUUAGGACUAACUAUCGGUACGGCAACUGGGUUUUUAUUAGAUUGUAUGAGAAUUGAGCGCUUGAUGCAUGUCUAACAUUGGGGGUUCCUUAUCUACUGGGUUAAGCUUUAGCUUUACGCAA